AUGAGAAAUAUUUUGUACUUUGUGCUGUUAAUUAGUUUAUUUGGAUCGUUUAAUUCAUUUGCUGUCGAAAUACAAAAAACUGAAAAUCAAAAAGUAGAUGAUAUUUUCGACGAAGAAGAUUAUAGAUCCAUACUUGCUAAGUGGCACGACCUAGAAAUUUUAGAUGAAGAAAACAUAGAAACAGAUGAAAGCGUUGAAAAGGCUACUAAUGAAAACAAUAAAGAACAUGAUAAGCCCUCAUUACCUAAAUUGCCAAAUCUAAAAAUUUUAGAUAAAGAAGACAUAGAAACAGAUGAAAGCGUUGAAAAGGCUACUAAUGAAAACAAUAAAGAACAUGACAAGUACUCGUUACCUGAGUUGCUGGAUCUAAAAACUUUAGGUGAAGAAACUUUAGAUAAGAUCGAUAGACAUCUUACAAACCCUAUUGAUGAUGAAAAAUCUUUAGAAGAAAAACAAGAGCGUGAUACUCAAAAAAGCACAGAUCAAAUAAAAUUGCCUUCAGAAAUUGAUCUGAGUAAAAAACCUAAUGAAGCAUCACCACCAGCACAACAAAUUAUUCAAGAGUUGCCAAAAAAACAAAAUUCUGACCCUUCUAAUACUGAUAAGAAUGUAGCCAAUCUACAAAAAGAUUCUCAACUUGAUCAAAAAAAAGAAAGUGAACUUGCAGUGGAUAAAAUGCCACAAAACAAAGAAAAUACCUAUAAAAUAGACAAUCAAAAAAAGAAUACACAAAGACUUGAAAAGCCUAUAGUUGCAAAACCUAAAGAAGAAAAUGAACGUAAAAAUCUGCAACAAUGGUCAGAAUUAAAAAGAGAUCCAAUGGAUGGAUGGACUCACAAAAAUUCACAAAGUAAAUUAAUAUAUAAACGGCAAUAUGAUAGUCUGAAUGAACAUUUGCCAACAUCUGUAUUUGUUCAUGAUUAUAGCAAACAGCUCUUUUACUGUAUUAAAAAGAACAAUUUAUCCUGUUUACGGGGAAUAAUGAACAAAUUGGAAAAAAUUGGGUUAAAUAUUGAAGAAUCACUAAAGUUGAGAAAUAAAUUGGGAGACACUCCUUUAAUUUAUGCAGUGAAGUGGGGCGAAAUAGAUAUGGUACGGUUCUUAUUAUUGCAAGGUUCUGACCUCAAUUCGGUUAAUUAUAAUUUUCAGUCUGCCAUGGAUAUAGCAAUUACAAAGAAGUAUGUUAAUAUAAUAAAUGCAAUUGCAGAAAUGGCCCCACGCCUUGUAGAACAUAAAAGAAUAAAUAAUAAAAAAGACUCAGCAAUGUAUAACUGGGCUACAAACACAAAAAAAGAUAAUGAGUCAAAGUGCGAUGCAGAUUACUAG